AUGGCCGCUCGAGCUCCCGCAGGCCGCCCAGGCGCAGGCGGCAGGUUCGCCCAAUUCAAGCUCGUCCUUCUCGGUGAAUCAGCAGUAGGAAAGAGCUCGUUAGUCCUCCGUUUUGUCAAAGAUCAAUUCGACGACUACCGCGAAUCCACCAUCGGCGCCGCAUUCCUCACUCAGACGAUAUCAUUAGACGAGAACACGACGGUCAAAUUCGAGAUAUGGGAUACCGCCGGUCAAGAGCGAUACAAAUCCCUCGCCCCGAUGUACUACAGGAAUGCAAACUGCGCCGUGGUUGUUUACGAUAUCACCCAGGCUUCAUCCCUAGAUAAGGCUAAGUCAUGGGUCAAGGAACUCCAGAGACAGGCCAACGAGAACAUCAUCAUUGCCCUCGCCGGAAACAAACUCGACGUCGUGGACGAGUAUCCCGACAAGCGGGCCAUUCAGACGGCCGACGCCGAAGCAUACGCCAAAGAGGCCGGCCUGCUGUUUUUUGAAACGUCGGCAAAGACGUCGACGAACGUCAAGGAGUUAUUCACCGCCAUCGCGAAGAAACUGCCCCUGGAUCAGGCGGGACCCAGAAAUUUGCGGGCGACCCCGAGACCGGGUGUGGAUUUGAGGCCGGAAUCGACUGGGACGCAGGGUGCAGGGAAUUGCCAGUGUUGA